AUGGCAAUGGUGUCGUCGAUGGAAGGCAAUGGCGCAAAAGUUAAACGAGUGUUUAAGAAAGUGAAGCCUUAUGCGGCCAUGGUGUUGCUUCAGUUUAGCUUUGCUGUUAUGUACGUAGUUCUAAUGAAGACUCUUAAGGAAGGCAUGAACCAGUCUGUAAUGUUCGUGUAUCGCAGUGCUGUUGCUGCUGCGGUCAUUGUGCCCUUUGCACUCUGGUUUGAGAGGAAUGGGAGACCUAAGAUAACUCUCGUCAUCUUCAUCAAGGUUAUGGCACUAGGAAUACUUCAGCCUGUUCUUGAUCAAAACUUCUAUUUCAUGGGAGCCAAAAUGACCUCAGCUGGCUUUGCUUCUGCUCUCGAAAAUAUUAACCCUGCCAUUACUUUUAUCAUUUGCCUUCUUCUAAGGAUGGAGAAGCUGAACAUUCGAAGAAGGCAUGGCCUUGCCAAGGUCAUUGGAGCCCAUUUGGCUGUGAUUGGUGCCAUUUUGAUGAUUUUAUACAAAGGACCAUAUGUUGAAUUUUUCUGGUUGAAAGGAAAAGAGAACCAUAGCACUGAAGCUCAUGCCGGUGGGGAAGAAACAAGCAACUUGAAAUGGAUUAAGGGCACAUUAAUGGUUUUAGUGAGCUGCUUCAGUUGGUCUUCCUUCUUAAUUCUUCAAGCCAACACAUUGAAAUCAUACCCAGCAAAACUAAGCCUUACGGUUAUGGUUUCUCUCAUUGGUGCUGUAACAAAUGCUGUGAUUGCUCUUGUGGUGGAGCAUGGAAGUUUCAGGCCAUGGAUUUUGGGCUGGGAUAUGCGACUUGUUGCUGUGAUAUAUUCAGGGGUAAUAUGCACUGCGUUCAUGUAUUUUCUGCUCGGGAUAGUGAUGAAGGAGAAAGGCCCAGUUUUUGCAAGUGCCUUUAAUCCUCUUACAAUGAUCAUGACUAAUCUCUUGAGCUCCAUCUUCCUAUCAGAAAGAACUGCUCUUGGAACAAUCAUUGGCGCUACUAUCUUAGUAGCUGGCAUGUACUUCAUUUUAUGUGGUAAAAGCAAGGAUUAUCUAAAUCAGUUGGUGAAUGAAAAAAAUAUUGGGAGAGUUGAGGCUGAGCUGCCAGUGAUUGCGCCUAAUUCUAUUAAGGAGGAAUCAACGCUGAGAUCUGAUUCCAUGUUAAUCGUGAUACAAAUGUCAAAAAUGGAAAAUCAACAGCAAAACGGAUGA